AUGGAGAUGGUGCGGCUGUUGAUCGACGCGACGGCGGACAUGGCGCUACGCGACAACAACGGCAACACACCGCUCGACCUAGCCGAGCAGAGCGGCUACGACGAGGUUGCACGCUACCUCAAGGACUCCGCAGGCAACACACCGCUCGACCUAGCCGAGCAGAGCGGCUACGAUGAGGUCGCGCGCUACCUCAAGGACUCCGCAGCAACUAGUAGCGGCCAGUCGCAGAGGUUUCCGGGGCUGGCUACCGUGGCAACGGUGGAGAACUGGUUACCCAUCCACGCUGCCGUCAUGAACAAACGCCUCGACAUACUAGACAUGCUGCUGAAACACCCUUACCCAGCGUACAUGUGGCAGCCGUUUCUGCAUCACGCGGGACCGUAUCAGUUUCUGUACCCGUUCGACGUGAAUGCACGUGACCAUAGCAACCAGACUCCUCUCUACAUCGCCUGUAGUCAAGGUCACCUAUCCAUCGUCGAGCGCCUGCUACAGCUGAAGGUCAAGGCUUCCAAGAUCCCGGAAGAACGUGACGACCCAGCCUCCGCCUCGGCCGCUCCGGGGUCCGAACCUAAAGCGAUCGGUGCGUCGUGA